AUGGCUACUCAUUAUGAUGUCCUUGCACCAUUUAGUGUCGAAAUCCGGCCCCUUUUCGCCUGGCUUGCACUCUCUCCCCCCCUGACUGCCUUGUGCCUAUCCCGCCUCUCGAAAUCCAAAAGAGACGAACCCGAGAUCUCGAGCUUCGUGAAAUCCUUCCUCCUCUUCUUCUAUCCAACCUUCAUCAAAUCCCACCAAGGAGACGCUGAGUGUAACCAGCAGGAUGCACUGGAGAGCUUCUACAAGAUGCAAGCUUGUGCCUACGAUGCCACUCGCAAGCUUCUUCUCCGUGGUCGCGAGGAAAUGCUAGCUCUCGUCGCCGCCCAGCUCGAGUCAAGGAACGAGACGACUGAGGCAGCGACUCGGAGCCGAACAGAACGAAUCUGGGUUGAUAUUGGCGGAGGAACAGGCUGGAAUAUUGAGGCCAUGGCCAAGUUUGUCCAUGUUCCAACCUUUUUUUCUAGAAUCUACCUCGUCGACCUCUCCCCCUCGUUGUGCGAUGUGGCUCGGAGGCGCUUUGCGAGACUCGGUUGGGAAAACGUCACCGUUGUCUGCGAGGAUGCCCGCCAGUUCCGCCUCGACAAGUAUGAGGCUGGCGCAAACAAGGAUGGCGGCAUGGGCUUGAACGCGACGCAGACCCCUGCGCUCGGCAACGUCGAGAAGCAGCGCCUAGGGCACGGCGGUGCUGAUCUGGUGACGCUGUCCUACAGCCUAUCCAUGAUUCCCGAUUAUUACGCUGCCAUUGACUCCGUGGCCUCUCUGCUCGCUCCUCACGGCCUUGUCGCUGCCGUCGACUUCUAUGUUCAAAACGGGAUCGACUACUCGUUUCGGAACUACACAGGCGGCGCCCUCAGACGGCACGUCAACGCCCUAUCAAGGAUAUUUUGGCGUGCCUGGUUUGAAUUUGACAGAGUAGGUCUUGAGCCGGCCCGCCGCGACUAUCUCGAGUACAAGUUUGGCACAAUCGCCAGUCUCAAUUGCCGAAACCGACAGCUGGGUUACGUACCAUUCUACCUCUGGCUUGGGUGUCGCAAGAAGCCAUUCUCGCCCUCCAGCUUGGCCCACGAGAUCGUCCAACGCAUCGAUGCAUUGGCGACGGAAUCUCCCUGCCUUUACCCGCUCAACCAGCCCAUCAACCAGGGAGUUGCUCUGACACGCGGCGUCCCGAGGUCGGCGGCACCUGAGAUCCGCUCCAAGGGCUUCGUUUGCGCCGUCAAAAAUCUGUCUGCCAACGUUCCUUUACCGUCCUGUUACUACCAGAACCAUCAUUGGCGCAUCUACUACGAUGAUCAGCUCCGCAAGCACACCCAGUUCAACAACCAGUACAUCUACGCGUUUACCUGGGAGGAUGCCCGCGUCGACGAGCGACUGCUGAAGCUUGGCCCCGACGACAAGGUGCUCGCCAUCGGCUCGGCCGGAGACAACAUUUUUUCCUACCUCGCGCAAGGUCCGGCCCGUGUCCAUGCGGUUGAUGUCAAUCCGACCCAGAACCACCUGCUGGAGCUCAAGGCCGCGUCGUACACGGUCCUUUCGUAUGAGGACUUUUGGAUGUUAUUUGGUCAUGGAAAGCACCCAAACUUCCGCCACCUUCUUCUCACCAAGUUGUCUUCUCAUCUCUCGAGCCGAGCGCUCCAGUUCUGGUUCGAUAAUGUCCAUGUCUUCCAGAACGCCGACGGGCACGGCCUGUACGGCACCGGGGGCUCGCGCCACGCCCUUCGUCUCGUUCGAUGGCUCUUGCAACUAUUUGGACUCCAGAAUGAGGUGGUGCGACUCCUCGAGGCCAAGACGCUUAAUGAGCAGCGCGAAAUCUGGCGCCAAAAGAUCAGACCAGUCCUCUUGUCCAAGCUCGUCUGCAAGCUUAUCGUUUCCCAGCAGAGCUUCCUCUGGAAUGCUCUUGGCGUCCCCAAGAAUCAGCUCGACAUAAUUGAGGCCGAUCACGCCAGGUCUAGCCUGGCCAAGGGCGAAAAGCUUCCUGGCAAGAGUUGCCGAUCUCGCGCCGUUUGGCACUACAUGGUGAACACCUUGGAUCCAGUGGCGGAGGAGACGCAUAUUUCAUCCGAUAACCCUUACUACUACGUCUGCCUGGCCGGCAAGUUUUCGCUCAAGUGCCCUCCCGAGUACCUCCGGCCAGAGACGCACGCCAAGCUGUCACGACCCCGAGCCCUGGACGGCCUGCGAAUCCACACGGACGAGCUCGAGGAGGUGAUUGCGCGCAUCAGCCCUGAAACUCUAACCGUCGCUGUUGUCAUGGACAGCAUGGACUGGCUUGAUGCCGGGUCUCAGGCAGCGGUGCAGCAGGUAAGAAAGCUGAACCGCGCACUGAAAACGGGUGGUCGCGUCCUACUGCGAUCGUCGGCCCUGAGCCCCUGGUACAUCGGCGUUUUUGAGAGCAAUGGCUUCACCGCGAAGCGACACGCCGGCCGCCUUGAAGGCGAAUGCAUCGACAGAGUCAACAUGUACGCCAGCUGCUGGAUGUGCACAAAGGGUGAGCAUUUACCGCCGCCAUCGCCGCCGCCGCCCCAUAUAGACCGCACUGUGGCGCCGAAAUUACGAGUCUGA